AUGAAAGUUAAAUUGAAGUUCCACUAUGCACCUAAUACAAAUAAUUUAUAUAAAAAAAUGCAUUUCUUGACUUGGCUUGGCUGUAUCCUUAUACAUUUACGCCUCUUUACUCUUUUCUUAUGGUAUUUCUUCUUCCGAUCUGAAAGCUUUGUGAUAAUUUUCUUCUUGUUGUUAUCUAUGGCUUCUUCUUCAUCUGUGUCUCGUAGUUGGAUGUAUCACGUCUUCUUGAGCUUCCGUGGAGAAGACGUGCGCAAAGGCUUUCUUAGUCACGUUCUGAAAGAGCUCAAAAGCAAGGGAAUCAUACCUUUUGUUGAUAACGAGAUAAAGCGAGGCGAAUCUGUUAGUCCAGUGCUUGUAGCAGCGAUCAGACAAUCAAGGGUAGCCAUCGUCUUGCUCUCCCUUAUCUAUGCCUCCUCAAGCUGGUGUCUGGAUGAGUUGGUGGAGAUCAUGAAGUGCAGGGAAGAGGAUCAACAAACAGUGAUGACCAUUUUCUACGAAGUGGAUCCAUCUGACGUUAGGAAGCAGACCGGAGAUUUCGGAAAGGCCUUUGAUGAAAACUGUGUGGGAAAAACAGAAGAGGUGAAGCAGGCAUGGAGGCAAGCUUUGAAGGAUGUUGCGGGUAUAGCUGGUUAUCACUCUAGCACCUGUGGCAAUGAAGCUGAAAUGAUUGACAAAGUAGCCUCAGAUGUCAUGGCUGUGUUGGGUUUCACAGCAUCCAAAGAUUUUGAUGACUUUGUUGGCAUAGGAGCUCGUGUCAGGGAGAUAAAAUCGAAGUUGAUUCUACAAUCAGAAGAAGUUAAGGUGAUUGGGAUUUUGGGUCCUCCCGGGAUUGGUAAGACGACCACCGCCAGAGUUUUAUACAACCAACUCUCUCCUGGUUUUCCAUUCAGCACGUUUUUGGAGAACAUCAGAGGUAAUUAUGAGAAGCCUUGUGGUAACGACCAUCAGUUGAAGUUGCGCUUGCAGAAAAACUUGUUGUCUCAAAUAUUCAAUCAAAUGGAUAUUGAGGUUCGUCACUUAGGAGUGGCUCAACAAAUGCUGAGUGACAAAAAGGUGUUGGUUGUUCUUGAUGAAGUGGAUAGCUGGUGGCAACUAGAGGAAAUGGCAAACAAACGUGAAUGGUUUGGUCCUGGAAGUAUGCUUAUCAUCACAACCGAAGAUAGAAAACUUCUCAAGAAACUCAGAUUGGGCAUCGAUCAUAUCUACAAGAUGAAAUUUCCAGUUAAAAAUGAGUCUCUUCAGAUCUUCUGCCAAUUUGCUUUCGGUCAAAAUUCUCCAGAUAAUGGUUUUGAAAAUCUUGCUUGGGUAGUUACUGGACUUGCUGGUGAUCUUCCUCUAGCCCUGAGAGUCAUGGGAUCGUAUCUGCGAGGAAUGUCCAGGGAGGAGUGGAUAGACGCACUACCAAGGCUCACGUUUAGCCUUGACAGAGAAAUAGAAUCAACUUUAAGAUUUAGCUACGACGCCUUAAAUGAUAAAGAUAAAGCUCUCUUCCUGCACAUUGCAUGUUUCUUUUCUUCUUCCAGUUGCAAGGUUGAUAGUGUUAAGAGUUGUCUUGAAAAAAGCGGUUUGGAGGUCAACCAUGGACUUCAAGUCUUAGCUGAUAAAUCUCUUAUAUCUAUAGAUUACAGCGGAUCCAUAAGGAUGCAUAGUUUACUGAAACAAAUGGGUAGAGACAUUGUCAAGAAACCGUCUUCGGAGGAGCCUGGAAAGCGACAGUUCUUGUGGGAUACCACGGAAAUUUCUGAAGUACUUUAUGAAAAUACUGGUACUGAAAAGGUUCUAGGCAUACUGUUGGAUACUUCAUGGGGAGAGGAAAUCCAUAUAAGUGAAAGCGCUUUCAAGGGGAUGAAUAAUCUCCAGUUUCUAGAAGUCAUCUCAAGGAAUGGCUUAUGCAUACCCGAAGGCCUCAACAGUCUUCCUGACAAACUCAGAUUGAUUCAUUGGAACGGCUGUCCAUUGAGAUUUUGGCCUUCCAAGUUCUCUGGCAAGUUUCUUGUCGAACUAAUCAUGCAAGAUAGCAUUUUUGAGAAUCUUUGGGAGGGAAUCAAACCUCUCCAAUGCCUCAAGCUGUUGGAUCUGAGUGGAUCUGAAUAUCUAAAAAGGAUUCCAGAUCUCUCAAAAGCAACCAGUCUCGAGAAAUUAGAUCUCACUGGAUGCAAAAGUUUGUUGGAGCUCACAAGCUCUAUUGGCAAUGCCACUAAGCUUAAAGUCUGCAUACUUCAGGGUUGCUUGCUUUUGAAGGAGCUCCCCUCUUCUAUCGGUAGGUUGUUCAAUCUCGAGGAAUUAAACCUCAGUUGUUGCUGUUGUUUUAGUUUGGAAAAACUCAAUGGUUGCUCGAGUUUGAAAGAACUCAAGCUAAUCGGUACUGCGAUAGAAGAAUUGCCAUCUUCAGUGAGCAAUUGGUCUUGUCUUUAUAAAUUGGAUAUGUCGGGGUGUAGAAACCUCAAGGAGUUCCCAAAUGUUCCAGACAGCAUUGUAGAGUUGAUGUUGAACCGUACAAGGAUAGAGGAGAUUCCUCCGAGGAUUGAGAAUCUAUUUUGCCUGCGUAAACUAUUUAUGUAUGGAUGCAAGAAGCUGAAAAGUAUAUCCCCAAACAUUUCUAAGUUGCAGAAUCUCGAGUUUCUUGGUCUUCGUAUAUAUGGUUUUAGUGAGCAUGAUGAUGGUGAUCACUAUCGUCGUGAAUUAUUUGAAGCAAUAAUCGAGUGGGGGCCUGACUUGAAGCGCAGUUGGACAUUACGAUCAGACUUCAAUCUUCACUACAUUUUGCCGAUAUGUCUACCCGAUAAGGCUUUUACAUCUCCAAUAUCAUUACGUAUCACCGGUAAAUGUUUCGAGACUAUUCCAGAUUGCAUUGUAUGUCUGUCCAGACUAAGUAAGCUUGACGUCAAAGGAUGCAGCCAGCUCGUAGCACUUCCACCGCUUCCAGGUUCCCUUCUAUCUCUAGAUGCACGAGGUUGUCAAUCCUUGCAGAGAAUAGACUCUUCUUUUCAAAACCCAAAUAUUUGCCUGGACUUUGCUUACUGCUACAACCUGAAUCAGAAAGCGAGAAAGCUCAUCCAGAUAUCAGCUUGCAAAUAUGCAUUCUUACCCGGUAAAGAAGUGUCUGCACACUUCACUCACCGAGCUACUUCAGGUUCCCUAACUAUCAGUUUGACUCCAACACCUCUUCCUUCAUCCUUCAGAUUCAAAGCUUCCGUUUUGCUGUCAAAAGGCAAUAUAUAUUCCUUGGGUAACAGUACUGAAAUGGCUAGGACUUCAAUGAAGGGUGUGUCUUGCUGCGUCAGGGGUCAACAGAAUGGUCUCACUCUGCAAUAUGUAUCAGAUCAGCUCCAUGUGGCUGAUCUAGCCGGAUAUGGAAACCAUAUUUAUAUAUUUGAAGAUUCUUUCUCUCUAAACCAGGAUUGCCCUGAAACCGAAGAAACCACUUCCAGCGAGCUUUCUUUUGUGUUCAUAGUCCAUGGUACAACCUGGAAGGUGAAAGGCUGUGGUGUACAACUUUUGGAGCUCCUUCAUUGUUCUAUUGAAGGAAAAGAAAGUGAAGAUGAAGAAUCUAUUGGCAUAAUGAGACUGAAAGAGAAUAUACCGGAUGUGAUGACGAUGUAGAGACGAGGACCAGGAAACAUAGAUAAUGAUUCUGCAGAAACGCGGUGAUUAGUUGAAUCAAUGCACAGUUGUCUAUGAUUAUGCGGAUCACCAAUCAGAACACUUUCAUCACGCUAAUGCAUUGGGAAGAUGUUUGGCCAUUUUAGAGUGUUUUUCUGAAUACUCUUUCCUCCUCCGGUUUGUUUCCGAAUAUUAUCUAUUAUACAACUGAAACGGAGUAAGAGAGCAGUCACGUGCUACACAUGUAGAGAAGGCUAGACUUGGAUACAAUAGAGGGUUUGCUGUUACAGAGUCUCAGGACCUUCCCGCUUAUAUAGAAAUGUUCAUGUUGUUGAGUUUGGAUACAAAAAGAGGUUGAUUCAAACAAAACACAAGUCUUCUUACGCGCUUUUGCUCCCGUGCAUUUCAGGUUUGUUGCACAUAACUAAGACACAUGAAUCUUCGAUCAGUCUUAAGUCUCCAGUAUUCUUUCAAUUCAUGGGAUGAGAUUGGAGAAGCAGAGGAACAUAUCAUAUGGAGAUGCUUCCUGAUUUUGGAGCCUCUCUUGUUCCAUCAGAGACAUGGGAACAUACAAACUCCUUCAAGAUGUCUUGUCAGUCUCUUUGCUACUCGAAAAGCUCAACGAUGGUUAAACUAAAACUGUUGAACAUAACGGCUAGGGGUGCUGAAAGAAACAAUGGCCACCCAUCACUUACUACCUGGGUGGGUUCGGCUGGUCCUGCACCAGUCAACAAGCGAGACUACAGCCAUUGGUGGAAUGAGCUUCUUUUCAGAGUUCCUGAUUUGUGGAAUGAGCUUCGUUUUGCGUUGUUACUUAAGCAUGAAGGUUAUUCAAGAUCAAACAGUGGCGAUUCAGAUAUAAAAGCUUUUUGGUAAACAACAUGAUCUCGCCCUUGUAGUUUGAUAGGGUGAAUAGGUUAAAUGGGAUGGGGAUAUGUAACUACUCAUUAGGUUAUAAAGCAUAUUUGGUUGUAAUUUACAACUUAGAAGAAUACAUCUCAUUACCUUCAAAGAUUUUUGAGUGGCUUACUAACAAUUGAUGUCGGUGCACUGAAGCAGGUAACGCAUAUAGAGAUUUGAUUCAGAUGCCAAGCAAAUGAUUGCAUAUGUUUACAUUUCCAGACCUAUUGAUGUGUAUGUUAAUCGUUAAUGUACAACCUAAUUCAUGCCAGAAGUCUGGCUUCCUUAAGUUUAAAGGUUUUUUAUCUGUGCUUAUGUAUUUGUCAUGCCAAUUGAUUUGUUCUAUGAACAGCCGGUAUCGUUUUGUUCUGGAAUUGCAAGCUCUGCUCACAUGCUUUCAAGUUUUACCUUACAUGUGUUACAAUGAUAAUCAGGCUAGAGAAUCUAGAGAGAUGGACAGAGAUGCUGUCGAGAGUGACCUUACUUUUGCUGGGUUUGCGACAUUGCUUUAUGCAGCUUUACUUUCUUCAUAUGUUUGAAUUGUAAUUGAUAGUCUGGUAUCAACGUUGGUCCAUAAUGACUUAAUCAUGCAUCACAGGUCUUCAACUGCCCCCAUUAAAUCAGAUUCAGCCACCGUUCUCUUGGAGUAGAAGAAUUCAUCCCAUGAUUUGGUUGUCAAGCAUUGACAGCUUCUCAUGUUUCAAGCCAAGUGCAUAUUGUGUCAAAUCCAGUUUUAGUUCCCGGUCAAUCAAGGCCUGGUGAAAAAUACAAGUGGGUGUCACCUGAUGAGAAGGAGAUUAUACCACAGUGAAAAAGAGAUCGAAACCCUUGCAGAGACUCAUGAUUUAUGCAUUGGAGGUGACAGCAUUGAAAUGCUACAGGCUACAUCUGCUAUUUUGCGAGUCAUUCCGUUUGUCUAGGCUUUUGCAAGAGUUGCUCCACAGCAGAAGGAGCUAAUCUUAACCACUUCUAAAGAUGUAGGAAAAGGGGAACUCUGAUACGGGACAAAUGAUGUCGGUGCAUUGAAGCAGGUAACGCAUAUAGGGAUUUGAUUCAGAUGCCAAGCAAAUGAUGCGUAUGUUUUAUAUUCUUUUUGAAUUGAUGUUCACAUGUCCAGGCCCAUGUUGGAUUUGCCUUACUGAAUGAUUAUCAAUUGUGGUAGGAUAACAAUUAUUUUUGAUAUGAUAUGAACUCCAUGAUUACUUGGAAAGUGAGUGAUAAAAAUAGAUAAUUGUGUACGUAUACCAUAUAGACCAUCAAGCUUUCCUUGGGAAAUCGUUUAUACGAACUA